AGGGGGGAUCCAGCACCCCCAGCUCCAGAGGAGGGGCUGGGGAAGGGGCUGGAGCAGCCCUGGGGCACGGCUGGGGAGGAUGGACACUGCUGUGCUCGCUCCUCCCAGGACAGUGAUGGCCCAGCUGCUGGCUCUGAGCUGUCAGAGGGCAACAAGGAGUCCCCGGGGCAGGAGGAAUCCUCCUCCUCCUCCUCAGGAAACUCCUCCUAUACAACGGCACUGACCAAAUUCUCGGAGAAAAGUGAAAGGGGGAUGCGGCAGGAAAAGGUGAAAGCGGUUGGGAGUGGAGCAGGAGUCCUGGAGAAGCUGGAAAAUGGAAAGAAGGUGCCUGAGCUUGGUUUGCCGAGCAAUUUCUGUGACAUCCUGAGGAAAGGCCGUGCUACAAACUCGGCCGCUCGAGAUGUUCUUUGUGCAGCAGCUGCUGGGGCAGGCAGAGGAGCGCAGGAGGAACGUGGGGAGCAGCUCGGGGGCUCCCAGGGAGCUCUCCUGGCCCUUCAGCAGCAGCAGCCAGCAGGGAGGCUGGGCACAGAGGGGCUGGUCCCUGCUGUGCCACCCAGCCAGCCCCAGGAGGCUGCCCCGUGCCCUGGGCACUCCCCAGGGCAGGCAGAGCCCGCGGGGAGCAGGGAUGAACUGACUGCCUCCGACUGCUCCAUAGAGAGGGGACACAGAGCCACAGAGAUCUCCCCUUCCUUCAGUCUGGGAGCUGAGGGCUCCUUCUCCCUGCACCUGGCUCAUCCCAACUUCCAGUCCACUCCAGGGCUGUUCCUGAAGAAAGCUGGGAAGGCAGAAGGACGUGCUGGAGUUGUGGAGAUCCCUCCGGACCUUCAGGCCUCUCCUUCCCAUUCCAAUGAAGAAGCCCCAGGGGAGUCCCCUGCCCCUGGAUGCCCUGGGGAGCAGCAGCCUCCCCAGAGUGCUGUGGACAAGACCUGUGCAUGUCUGGAGUCCCUGGAGCUGGAAUCCCCGUGCCCUGGCAGGAUGCAGUCCCUGCCCUCGCUGGGCUUCCUGGAGAAGGUGGGAGCACGUCUGGAGUCCCUGGAGCUGGAAUCCCCGUGCCCUGGCAGGAUGCAGUCCCUGCCCUCGCUGGGCUUCCUGGAGAAGGUGGGAGCCUGGGACGUGGGCCAGCCGCAGCAGGGUCCCGAUGCCACCAGCUCGCGUGUCCCAGGUGCGGUUCCCCCUGCAAGGGAAGCCUCCAGUGCCCGCCCCAGGGCUUCCAGCUGUGUGCUGCCAGUGCAGAAAGGCCCUGGAGAUGCCGAGGGCCGCGCUGCUCCUGCCUGCGGGGGCACAGGGUCUCUGGGAAGUUUGCGUUUCCCCCUCCCAGAGGCGCUGCCUGCCCCUGCCCUGAGCAGGUCCCGGUCUGACAACGCCGUGAGCAGCAGCAGCAGAGCCCUGGCUGGAGCCAGCCCAGGGCAGCUCUGGGGGGCUCUGGGGGGCUCUGGCAGCUCCACCACUCGAGAGGUGGCUCCUGGAUCUCCAGCUGAAGGCGUGCGGAGCGCCGCGAGGCGAAGCUCGGCCCCGGCUGUGUUCGUGUCCAGUGCUGCUCAGCUCCUCAGAAAGGACGGGAGCUCCCCGGCUGAGGAGCACCAGGAGUGUGAGGAGAAGGGAAGUGAGUCCCUCAGCCUCAGCAUGCCCAGUGGUGACGAUAUCAUGGACAUCUUUGGAGCCAUUUCCUUGGAGAGUUUGAGUUUUCCUGAUGGUCCUGGGGAGCCUCAGGAGGCCCUGGUGGUGCCCGGACCCUGCCCCAGUGCAGGAGGGAGCAGCCCCAUCCCCCCUGGAGCAGCACUGGAGACUCCCAAGAAAGAAGAGUUGAAUAUUGAAGAAAGGAUCCCGGUGUACCUGCGGAACCUGGGCAUCCAGCAGUCCCCUGGCACCAUCCUGGCGCCCUUCGUGCCGCGGGGGUCCCUGUGCGAGCUGGAGUUCUCCCCCUGGCAGCCCAGGAGCCUGCAGCCCGCCCUGGGCACCCUGAGCGAGGCUCCCCCGCGGGCUCAGGGUGCACUGCUGCCAGCCUUUGAGAUGUGCCAGGCAAGCCGUGGCUCGGACGUGUCCCCUCUGAGCGUGUCCCUGGCCGCGGGCUCCGAGGCUGGCUGGGGGCAGGAGCGGGAGCUGCCGUCCCCCCGGGAGCCGUGUCCCAGCUCCCCCAGGCUCCCCGGGGAGCGCCCACCCGGCCAGGGCACCCCCCUGGGCAGCGUCACUGCCGGCCUGGGGGGCUCCCAGGGCUCCCUGUGCCAGCCCGGGAGGGCAGCAGGGACGCGGGGCAGCGAGGACAGCAGCAGUGGGGAUUCCCUCAGCGCCCGUGUCAGGAGCCUGCUGGGGAGGCCUGGGCACUCCCAGGAGCUGGGCAGUGCCCCGGGGCUGUUCCAGAGCAGCGUGCCCGGGGCUGGCAGUGCCCCAGGGCUGUUCCAGAGCAGCGUGCCCGGGGCUGGCAGUGCCCCAGGGCCGUUCCAGAGCAGCGUGCCCGGGGCUGGCAGUGCCCCAGGGCCGUUCCAGAGCAGCCUGCCCGGGGCUGGCAGUGCCCCAGGGCUGUUCCAGAGCAGUGUGCCCGGGGCUGGCAGUGCCAGGAGCCGGGCAGGCAGCAGCAGCAGCAGUGGUGACUCCCUGGCAGCCCGUGUCCGCAGCCUCCUGGGCACCACCUCCCCCGGGAUCCCUGCCAGCCGCCUCCUGAGGAGUGCCGAGGAGCACGAGAGCAAGAUCCGAGCCUGGGUGAAGCUGAAGCUGGCCAGCCAGUCCCAGGAGCGUGGGCCAGACUGGGAUGAAGAGACCCUGCCCAGGAUGGAGGGAGUCGAGGCAGAGCUGCUCCCGAAGGCCAGGAAACCUGGACAGGCCAAGGAUCCCUGGCUCUGUGGGUUGGAAGCAGCUUCUGAGUACCUGAGGAAGCAGGAGCGGGUCCAGGCUUCCAGCUGUCCCAGGGACAGGGGUGGACACCUCUCCAGGACCCAUGGACAGCUCUCCAGCACACAUGGACAGCUCUCCAGCACUCAUGGACAGCUCUCCAGCACACGUGGACAGCUCUCCAGCACUGAGGGACAGCUCUCCAGCACUCAGGGACAGCUCUCCAGCACCCAUGGACAGCUCUCCAGCACCCAUGGACAGCUCUCCAGCUCUCAUGGACACCUCUCCAGGACUCAGGGACAGCUCUCCAGCACUCAGGGACAGCUCUCCAGCACUGAGGGACAGCUCUCCAGCUCUCAUGGACAGCUCUCCAGCUCUCAUGGACAGCUCUCCAGGACUGGGGAGCUCUUCCAGCCCAGCUCCCCACCAGCAGCACCAUUGCCUACAGCUGAUCCCUGGGAUUGGUCUCUGCUGCAGGACGUGCAGCUGAAACCUUGGGGUGCUGCUGACCUGCAGGACAUCCAUCUGAAGCCCUGCAGCACUGCUGACCUGCAGGAUGCGCAGCUGAAGCCCUGCAGCACUGCUGACCUGCAGCUAAAGCCCUGCAGCACUGCUGACCUGCAGGAUGCGCAGCUGAAGCCCUGCAGCACUGCUGACCUGCAGCUAAAGCUCUGCAGUGCUGCUGAGCUGCAGGAUGUGCAGCUGCAGCCCCCGGCCGUGGGGCACCCCAGCUCCAUGGCAGAGCUCCGUGCCCCUCUGGCCCGGGAUGACGGCGCAGGGGGCUCUGCGGCCGCCCCCUGUGCCCACGGGGAGCUGUCCCUGGCAGAUGAGGCUUUAUCCACCGUGCCUGAGGCUCCCUCGUGGCCCGUGAGGAGAUUCCUGAGCUGUGUGCACAUCACCCUCUCCUCCAGGGCCGGGAGCGGGGGGAACGGGAUCCAGCCGUGGGACAAACCUCACGGGAGGGCUCGGGCAGUGACUUCAAAAGCAGCUCCAGAAGCCUCAGUGGAAGCUGCUCCUGCAUCCCCUCCUGCUGAGGGUGCUCCCGAGGCUCCCAGCUCGGCUGAGCCAGUGGCCCCAGCAGGUCCCAGCCGGGCCUUUUCCCCCAGGCAGGAGCUGCUGCAGGGCAGCGCCAGAGCCCGGCUCCGGGACUGGGGGGCUCGGGGCACCCCCAGCUCUGCCCCCGCUGCAAAAGCUGGCACGAGGACUUCCGACGCUGCCACGCAGAUCACCACGGAAGGUGCCACGAGAGCCACGCUCUCCGCAGAGAUCUGUGUUGAUGCCCAGGACGGGGGAGGCCCUGCCCAGCUGCCAUCGCUGCCCAGCGCCCCUGAAGCUCCUGGGAUUGCAGCUCCGUCCCGCAGGGAGAUUCCCCCCUUCCCGAGGCAGCCGGCCCAGCCCCUGCUGCUGCCCUACAAGCCCUCGGGAAGCUCUGGCAUGUAUUAUGUGCCUUUCCAGAAGCCAGGAGCCACCGUGUCCCCCGGGGAGCCUGAGGCCAGCACAGCCAGCUCCCACUCAGGCUCAGAAGAGGCUCCUGCAGGGCUCCUGGCCCCAGUGCUGGGUGUGGCAGAUGAUCUCCCUGCAGCCAGGGCAGUUGCCCAGCACGGAAGGAUGAUCCACGCUCACCGGCCCAAGCUGGCCUGGCCUGAGGAGCACAGCACGCCACUGGAACAGCCUCCAGAGCUCCCAGAUGGUUCCAGGCGUGGUGUCCGCGUGCCCGCCGGGCAGAGCUGCCAGGAUCCCAGGGAGCCCUCCCGGCACGGGGCCGGAGCUGGGCGCGCUGCCCCCUCCUCGGGGGCUGCCCCCUGGUGCCGGUGGGGUCCCCGUGCCCCCCGGGGCACAGCGGGGCCGUUCUUCACCCUCGCUGCGGAGCCCGAUGACAGCAGGAGCGAGAAGCCGGGCGCCAGGGCGUCCUUCGGGAAUGGGGCUGCUGGCACCGAGCUGCCCCAUGGAGCUGCUGGCACUGAGCUGCCCCACGGAGCUGCUGGCACUGAGCUGCCCCACAGAGCUGCUGGGACCGAGCUGCCCCACGGAGCUGCUGGCACCGAGCAUUCCCACGGAGCUGCUGGCACUGAGCUGCCCCACGGAGCUGCUGGCACGGAGUAUUCCCAUGGAGCUGCUGGCAGGGAGUAUUCCCACGGAGCUGCUGGCACGGAGCUGCCCCACGGAGCUGCUGGCACGGAGCUGCCCCAUGGAGCUGCCAGCAGCGAUCCCGGGCCCCGUGGCCGGCCGGCUCGCCCGGAUGAGAGCGUGGGGAAGGCGCCGCGGCCGAGAGGCCGUGCCAGGGGCGGCCUGGAUGAGCUGUGGCUGAGGUUCCUGGAGCGCCAGGGCCGCCAGCAGCAGCAGCAGCAGCUCGGCGGGGUCGGGGAGCUGUCCCUCGUGCAGCGCCUGGAUCGGCUGGCCAGCAGCGGGGCAGAAGGAUGCCGAGGAGGAGAGCCCGGGAAGGGAGCGGCCAGGAGCGGGGCUGGCAGGGACAGCCGGGCCCGGGCGCGGCGCGGAGCCCAGGGGAACGCGGGCAGGACGCAGGCCACGCGCGAGCCGGGGCAGCGGCGGCCCGGGAAUGCCCAGUGA